GAAAGUCGUUGUGAAAAUGUGCAUCGUGUUUUCUGGAUUCAGGAUGUGGGUGAUUUUGUUCUGCUAUUUAUUAGCACAAGCUAAGACUUAUCCAUUGCAAGAGUAUCCAUUAUACUCUCAGGUUCCGCGGGAAUAUCCUGACGAUGAUUAUUAUUACGCUCCAAAGGUUCAAUAUUAUUAUGAUGCGCCAGCCAUAAAUGUACCUGAAGUUUACGGUCAAGUUCCUUACUCAUAUUUUUACGAUCCAUACGGUCAUUUUUCUAAUGAAGAACCAAAGAGGCAGGAAGAGAGGCUAGCAGCGUUGCCUAUCGGACAAGAGACAUGGUUUGAAAGCGAGUCCUCCCCCCGCUGGCGGUCUAAUAAUAUCGAUGACGUCAAUGCAGCUUUCCUCGACAACUUGAUACUUACGCAAAUGGCUCAAGAUGCACAGAGACGCCGUGAAAAUGCUCGAGCUGCGUUUUCAAACAUCGAUUAUGAAGAAAAAGAUAAAGAAGAUGAAGACGUCAGAGAAUUGAAGGCUUUAGCGGGAAAGCCACUCUAUCAUGUACCAAAAACAGUUCCUAUAAUCGAAGAAGACGAUUAUGCUGACGAUGAUGCUGAUAGCUUCAUUAACUGGAAUGGGAAUAAGAGAAGUGUCAGCACUACGACACCCGAACCCAGCACUGAGCAGCCAAAAGAUGGCCAAAAAGAAGUUGUCAUGCCACGACCAGCACCGAUCAAGCACGUGUUCCAAAGUCACCAGUCGAGUCAAGAUAAGAAGACCUCACCAUUUUAUAACACCAUCAAGCAACUAUUAGAAAAACAAGGCCAUGAUACUUCGAAAAGCCGAAGAAUCGAUAAACGUUAUGUCGCCGGUGACUCCGAUCUUGUCGUUGAACUUCGAGGACUAAAACAUCGUAUCGCAACUUAAGCUAAUGCAUCUUGAUUACCGCCAACUAACAUGAGACUGAGUAUUAUUUUAGAAUAGUAAAAACUAACAGCAGCGACCUGACAAACUAAAAGAGUAACAGGCGAACAAAAUCCAAAAAAAGUAGGAUACUUAUUUUCUAACUUUUUAUCUGAAUUCAUCACGUUAACAACGUCAACAUGUAACACAUUCCAAAUAUAACAUUAACCUCAAUUUGCGAUUAUUUGUCUCCGUAGAAAUUAUGAACCCGUUAGCAUUAACGUUAUAAUGACACAUUAAAGUGAUUCCAAACAAUAAAACGAUUGACCGUGCUAAGCUCAUGUCAGUAGUAUUGUUUACUGAACUGUAUACCUAUUUCAGAGUAAACUUGCCAGUUUUUGAACCUAUUUCAGAAAACCAAAACGUUGUAGAUUCCGUUUCCUCCACAUCCGUAUGUUGUAUGGUAUCAGUAUGAUUCCGUAUUUUCACGAUGAAAUUACGUGUUUGUUUUAGUUUCAUAAACAUUUCCUACUACUCGCGAAACUAAGGUGUCGUUAAAACAAUGUACGUCAUGAUGAAACUGAUGAUUGCAAAUAAACUUACUUGUAGUAUUUCAAAAGUUUUGAUGCACUGUUUAAUGUCAUAGUAAUGUUUUUGUGAUACGUUUGUAGCAAACGCAUAUAAAUCUCCAUAAAGUUAUCGAUGUAAUACGUGACUAUAUCAGAUUACUGAUCCUUUUCGAUUCUUUAUUAGUCUCGAUAAAUAUUGUAGUAGUUAUGAAUGUCAAUGAACGUACAAAAUGUGACUAUAAUCACUUAUUCAGAAAUGGUUGUUGUAUGUUACAGAAUGAUAUCUUCUUCAAGCGAAAGUUAAUGUUCCCUUCGUUUGGCAGCUAUCGUGUCGCACAAAUUGAUUGUGCAAUUGUAAAUAUAUUAGAUAUGAUUCUUCUAAGACUUAGAUAGAAAAUAUAACUUACAUGAAAUUGUUAUUUUUUGUAAACUAACAAAUUUUUGUAAAGUACUUUUUGCUAAACUGAAAUUUUAUGUUUUAAAUGUGCAAAAAAAAGACUUGAUGUUUUCUUAGCUAAACUUUAAUCUAUUUAACGUAAUAUGGACUACAGUACCUACUUUUUGAAAUGAAAAUGAAUAAUCGCGUCCGUUCCGAUAAAACCCCUUAAUUGAUUUAUAUUAUUAUAAGUAUACGGAUCUAGGGUACGCAGGAGAUUGGGUGAAUGGAAUCAUUUCUAAAGCAAGGCAAUCUUAAAUUAUUAUAUUCUCAUUACAUACAUAUUAUUUUCCUAAUUAAAGAAUCGCAAGAUGCCUCUUCUUAACAUUUUUAAAACAGAUCCAAAAAAAUAUAACUAUUUUCUACUAUUACUAUAUUCUUAUAGGGUGCUAUUUAUUUUAUUUUUAUUUUGUUCUACAGUCUUAGCUGACAAUAUGGUUAAUCUUUUUGCAAAGCAAAAAAUAAAAAUAUAGUAUACUUUUUUAACUGUAAGAAUGAAAUGAUUCUCUCGAUGAGCGGAGGAUUGGGUGAUAUUUUAGCUUUACAGCUUCGUAACUAAUGUUUGUAUGAAAGCAGGUCUCUGAGACCUUUGUUGAAAUUGAAUUUUUAUGAAACCCGAAUCUAUUUUAUGAACUGUACCUA